GACACUGGGGGUGGGGGGAGGAGAAGAAGGGAAGGGUCUGGUCUCACCUGCCCCAUCCUAGUGGUGGAGGUGGUGGAGACUGAGGCCUCCAAAGUUGGGUUCUCAUCCUCCAGGGUGGUGGCAUUUUCUGACUCCAGAGGAGGCCUCAGAGCCCAUCCCACCCUGUGUGUAUGUUGUGGGGUAUGGGGUAUGAUACUCCCAGAUUUAGGCCGCCAUGGUUUAAUGGCACAGACCUACCCCAGGUUUAACCCUGGAGAUUUAGAAUGGAUCCCCUCAGGUUACAAAUACAGAAACUGAGGUCGAGGCAAGGGCAGUCCCCUUCUCCUCCAGAGUCACACUGGUUAAAUGGGCCUGGAGCCCCCGUAUCCAGAUUCUCUGACGUUGUUCUCUCUUCAAGUCCUCAAAGAAUGACAGAAGUCAUAACUUGAGCAUCUACUAAGUGCAGGACUCUGUGCUGGAUGUUGGAGACGCAGAGACAACUGCCCUCGAGAGCUUUUGGUCAACAGGUAAAUAUACACAGAGAGGAACAUGCAGAUGCUGGAAAAUGAUGGAUUUGCCUUGAGACUCUGCAAAACUUUGUAAGGUACUUGCCUCCUCUUCAUCCUGUGAUGGAAGCGGGGAGGCCCUGCCUGCAGAAAUGCCCCAAGGCUCAGAAGUGGAUCUAUGGUGAAGAGAUCAAAGAUGGGGGGACCAGGGAAGUGAGGGAACAGGGCUGCCAGUGGGCAUACCCCAACCCCCCCCAAAACUUCCAAAGGCCCCCGUCCAUAAAUUGGGCCUCUGCUGCCAUCUAAUGGAGGAAAGGUAGCCUCUGGAGCCGCCUGCUGGGGCCCCACCAACCUGGCUCCCCUAAAAAAGAGGGAUGUGAAGGACCUUCCUGCCCACAGACCUUUUAUUCCCCUGGAGUCUUAAGCUUUGUUUCCUGCAGCCUCUGAAGCUCCCUGGCUGCCACCCUCCAUCCCACUGUUUCCCCAGUUUCCUUUGUUGCCCAGGUUCUGAUUCUGGUGCCCUGGUUCCUGGCCCUGCUAGAGUUCUGGUUCCGGAAGGCCUUUGCUAGGUGCCUCGGGCAUGUGCUGCAUCCCCCAGCGCCUGGGGCAAAUGGACAUCUGCAAAGGUGUAGUGAGCCUGGCCACAGCCGCUGGGGCCAUCUACCUGCUCUACAAGGCCAUCAGGGCCGGCAUAAAAUGUCAACCACCCCUCUGCUCUGCCUCACCCAUCUGCGUCGCCCGCCUGGCAAUCGAGCGAGAGCAGCGCGGGCGGGACUCAGGUGAGCUCCGGAGGCUCCUCAACUCCUUGGAGUGCAAACAGGAUGAGUACGCCAAGAGCAUGAUCCUGCACAGUAUCACGCGCUGCGUGUACUUGCUGGAGUCCGAGGCCUCUACGUGUACUAAUGAUGACAUCACGUUGGUGGGCUCCAUGCUGGAUGACAAGGACAACAGUGUCAAAAUCCAAGCUCUGAACACACUUAAAGCUUUCUCUGGCAUCAGAAAAUUCAGGCUGAAAAUCCAGGAACACUCCAUCAAGGUGCUGGAACUGAUCUCCACCAUCUGGGACUCGGAGCUGCACAUUGCAGGCCUCAGACUCCUCAACAACCUCCCACUGCCUGACUUUGCACAUCCACAGCUGCGACGGGUGAUGCCUGCCUUGAUGGAGAUCCUGCAGGCAGACUACAUCCUGGCACAGGUGCAAGCCGCGCAAUUGCUGAGCAACCUGGCGCAGAAGAACGACCUUCUCUAUGACAUUCUCAACUGCCAGGUACACUCCAACUUCCUGAACCUGUUCCAGUCCGCACAGCCCGGGAGUCUGCUGCAUGAAGUACUGGUGUUUGCAGAGCGGCUGAGUGAGGGCCGGAGUUCACCCCACUACCGCGCCGUGAAGUGGCAUUACAAUGAACAGUCUGUGCACGAAGCUCUCUUUGGGGAUGACUCACGACUGGCAGACCGGCUGCUUGCCCUGGUCAUCCACCCCGAGGAGGAUAUUCAGAUCCAGGCCUGCAAAGUCAUAGUCAGCCUGCAGUGCCCACAGGAUGUGGGAGUCCGGCCCUCCUGCCCGCCCAGUCACUCCUACUUUAAUAAUGCGGAAUAAAAUUAUGGAGAGCCAAUAAAUGAGUAUGGGAGAGAAGCUUGAGGGGCAGUGCAGUGUCUCUCCAGGGCCUUCCAGGGUGGGUGUAGAUUUCAGCCAGCAUAACUUCCUGUCAAAGUGUGGGCCUGUCUCCCCAAACGCAUUCCCUGUUUAGUGGACAGACUCCCUUCUCUUGCUGCUUUUAUUUAUUUAUUUUUUUGAGUGAUAAUUUUUAUUGGAGCAUAGCUGAUUUAUAAUUUUGUGUUAGUUUCUGCUGUACAGCAAAGUGAAUCAGUUAUACAUACACCUACUCUUUUUUAGAUUCUAUUUCCAUAUAGGUCAUUGCAGAAUACUGAGUAGAGUUCCCUGUGCUAUACAGUAGGUUCUUUUAAUUAUCUAUUUUAUAUAUAGUAGUGUGUAUAUGUCAAUCCCAAUCCCAAUCCAAUUUAUCCCUCCCCCACUCUUGCUGCUUUUAAAUUUGAAUGGGGAGCCAAUGCUUUCAGGGAGUUUCAGGGAGAAGGCAGGUUUGGGGACUAAGGCCAAAGAUAAUCAACAGGAGACAGUAUAUAGCACUGGAUUACUCAAGAUGGGCUGGGCUACACCACAGUAACAAUAACCUCCAAAUCUUAGUAGAUGACCAGGUUUAUUUCUUUUUCACACUACUUGCUCCUGGCAGGUCAGUUGGGGGUGGAGGGGCAGGAAAAGUGACUUGCCCAAGGUCACAUGACUGGUCUGGGGCAGAAGUAGGAUUAGAACCUCCUAAUUUUUACUAGGCUUUUUACUUUCAUAGUCCUUGGCUCAAGCCCUGUGGGGUGGACCAUAGAUUCUAAGCCAGAGUCUGUGGCAGUUGAGAAAUACCUCAGUGCUUCCAGAUUUUAGGGGCCAGUUUAGGACUGAUCUAUGAGGAAAUCUGUCCCUACUGUAUCCCUGACCCAGGACCCCAUCACUUGAGUGGGUGGAUGGUGGGUGGAGGGGUGUUGGUUAGGAUGUGCUGAUCAGAGAGCCAGUUCUUACUAAGGGAUCCUUAUCACUAUUUCCCAGAGUUUGAUUUGUCACCUCUGAGUGGACGGUCACUACUAGAUCUGAAUCGUCAGCUCUCAGCUUUCUCCUGAGCUCAGGACUGGGGCUACUCCUUCCUGCUACUUGGAUACAAUGCAGUCACCCCAAUGGAGCUUGUCAAAAGCCAACAUCAUCCU